UUGAUUUUAUCGGCGGUUCUUUCUCAGGAUCUUUUUUUUGAAAUUGUAAGAAGGAAGACACAUAUUUUUUGCGAUGCAGCCGAAUCGGCAAAUGUACUUGAAUUGAAGCGAAUUAUUGAAGGAAUCUUAAAGAUUCCUGUUUCAAAACAAGAAUUACUUAAACGUAGUGAAGAUGAUGCAUGGCAGACUCUUGACGAUUUGCAGCUCCUUUCCCAUUAUGGUUUUACACAGCAAAAUACAAAGGCACAAAGUCCGGCUGUUAUUGCAUUAUGCGUAAGAGACGGUUUAUCGAUUGUUGCAGAAGAUGAUGGUGUUAUAAUCGAUGAACUUUCAUCACCUCCUCCAAUUCCUGACGCAAUGCGACAGGAACAAAAUCCGCAAAACGAACAGUAA